CGCAGAAGCUCCAGGAAACUGGCGGCCUCUGCGUCUGGUCUUGUGCCCUUGGAGAGUUGGGCGCUGCUGCUCCACGCUGGGGUCGCUGCGCCGUCGCCGGCAUCAUGGUGUUCUACUUCACCAGCAGCAGCGUUAACUCAUCUGCUUACACCAUUUACAUGGGAAAGGAUAAAUAUGAAAAUGAGGAUCUAAUAAAGUAUGGCCAGCCUGAAGAUAUUUGGUUUCAUGUGGACAAAAUCUCUUCGGCUCAUGUAUACCUUCGAUUACAUAAGGGGGAGAAGAUAGAAGACAUUCCAAAGGAAGUAUUAAUGGAUUGUGCCCAUCUUGUGAAGGCCAAUAGCAUCCAAGGCUGCAAGAUGAACAACGUUAAUGUGGUGUACACACCGUGGUCCAACCUGAAGAAGACAGCCGACAUGGACGUGGGGCAGAUAGGCUUUCACAGGCAGAAGGAUGUGAAAAUUGUGACAGUGGAGAAGAAAGUGAAUGAGAUCUUGAACCGAUUAGAAAAGACUAAAACGGAGCGGUUCCCAGACCUUGCGGCGGAGAAGGAAUGCAGAGACCGUGAGGAGAGGAAUGAGAAAAAAGCCCAGAUUCAGGAAAUGAAGAGGAGAGAAAAGGAGGAGAUGAAGAAGAAGAGAGAAAUGGACGAACUUAGGAGCUAUUCUUCACUAAUGAAAGUUGAGAAUAUGUCUUCAAAUCAGAUUCUCAGACACAUAGGAACUCUUUGCGACUGUGUUGUACAACCUGCAUUGGGAGUGAUGCAUUUUCAUUGUCCCAGCCUCAGUUAUCCUCUCCUGGACGGCAACGAUUCAGAUGAAUUCAUGUGAAUGGGGAAAAGGACUUUUCAACUCUGUGAAUUUAGGGACGUUUUGAUUUCAUCCAUGUUCUAAGUUAUAAAAAACAACCAACCAAAAUUCUACCUUCAGUCUACACAAAUAUCAACUUGGGAGUUUUUUUUUAAUUGUUCCGCUUUUUGCUGACAGAAAGGAUGAGAUAUAUAUAUAUAUAUAUAUAUCAAAUAUAGUUGGACUUGAAGACAUUAUGUAACGCCAGGAAAGUGAAAAUAUACAUGCCAGAACAUGUCUUGGUAGCUCACAGAAGUUGGCCGUCCUUGUUCUUGGGCUGGGCUUUCGAGCAAACCAGCUCAGAAAAGCGUUUCUGGCAUGUGGUAUGUCUCUGAAAACAGAUGUCUUAAAACACUUUUUAUAUUCUUAAAAUAGCUUCACUUCUGUGAAGAAGAAGAUGUUGGUGAGCAGUAUACAGGAAUGUUCCUUUCACCCUUGAUUUCCUGAUCAGAAAAGAAGCGUGUGGGCUCUGAAGAUGAUGACGACGCGUCCAGAAGAGGGCCGGCUCUGUCAUCCACGUUCUGUUGUGUCGUCUGAUGCAAUCAGUGAGCAGAGUUGUCCUUGCCUCUGAGCUCACCCUGGCGUCUGCAUUCGACACCCGCGCUGUCCCCGAGCGGGACCUCCACGGAGGCACAGUCAGACUGGAGGAAGCAGCUGGUGUUAGUCGAGGGCGGGACCCGAGGCAGUCUCUACCUGACCGAGCGACCGCGACUCCGGCCCGGGACUAAGACCUCCGGGCCCUGGAGUCCUUUCUCCCCAGGCACUGGGGAGAAGCGGGGAGGGAUGCUUUGGGAGUCAUGAGGAUGUAGGAUACCUGAUUUUUGUCUUGGAAUGCAGCAUAAAGCAAAAGUCCAGGUUGUGAUUAUGAUUGUAAGAGUAAGCAUUUCCUUAGCUAGCCAAGUAAUUUGUUUAUUUACCUCGAAAUAAUAUUUAUUUCGAGUUGUAACCCCAGGGUUCAGAUUUCUUGACUACAGCCUCAGUAACUUAAUAUGUAAUAGUACAGACUCAUUCAAACCACCUGCUCUCCGGUGUGAUUCUGAAUAGAAGAUACAUUUUUAUUGAAACUGUGAGGCAGCCCCUGUAGAGAAAAACAAAGCAACACAAUUAAAGGGAAAGAGAUGAUGGCCUGCAGGUCAGGAGGCACGGAGAGUCGCCUUUGAACAGCACCCAGAACUGCGCGUGCACCCCUCUGAUUCUCGUUCCCACCCAGCAACAGGGCCCCCAACAAAUCGUCAUCUCUAACAGCACUUUGGGACAGUGGCUAAAACCCAAAGACUCUGCACGUUUCUUUUAUUCCAAGUUGGUGUAUGUGGUUGAACUGGAAAUUUUCCCUGAGGCACAGGCCAGACUUUGAGACAGAGUAUGAUAGACAACUCCAGAAAUUAAUGAUCGUGUGUGUGUGACUCUAAUGAUAUUCAGCCCAGAGUUCUGUGAUUUAAAAUAUAAUAAAGACUUUUUUUAUUUGGAAGGACA